GCCUUUGACAUCGGCUACCUGCCGUACUGGAACGUAAUGUCGGUUGCUUUGUAUACCGGCGAAAUGCAGCGUGUGAAGUUAGGUGCGCAUUUUACCGACCGAAAAGAUCUCUUGGCAUUGAUUGGCCACUUCCGAUGUCUCCUGCGAUAUGAUUGGCUCGCGACAAAUGCUAGAAUCAUAGAAUGCAGCCAAGAGGUAGGCUAAUUUCCGUCGGACGUUAACUUUUCUCUAGGUUGUCAGUUCGACAUCGGACUUAUCAGCUGUCGUGAUUCUACUUCUCGUUUUUUUUUAAAGGUCGUAAAUAGCCGUAAUUCAAUUUCUUAUCGUUAGAACGAUACCAGAGUUAAUAAUUUGUUAAGCGGACGAGCGCAGUUGCUUUUAAUCUACAUUAGACGUAUGCAUUGUGCACGUACGUACCUAAAAUGCCACCACAUCGACGUUACUGUGAGAUAAAGAAUUUGUUAACAGUCGAAAAGAAAGAGCCGUCUGCAUUUGAAGUGUUGUCGAAAUUAUUAAUCGUGCUGUUGGUAUGAUUAUAUAGGUAAGCGCACAGUCUGACUUGUGGCAUUGCAUUGCAUUGCAUUGCUGUGCGGAAAAUCUAUGCAAAUCGAUGACUAACGAUCGUUGGUUUAACGUAUUCCUCGAACCAGACGUGCUUCUAGUUUAAUUUCAAACUCAUAUCUUCCAACUGCCUCCACUCACGUCUCCAUUUUCGACUUAUUCUAGCUGUUUGAUUACAACCAGCACGUCUUACUGUGAACUAAAUAAAUGCUUUAGAUCGGUUAACAGUAACUAUAAUCAUCUUAAGUAACAAUUACUACAAGGAUAACAAUACAUUGUGAUACUAUGACUAUGACACAACAUUGUGUUCCGGUACUUAAUUGUCAGAUUUAAUACCAUUAUUUCGACACUGCAGCAACCGAAUCCUAACGUAUUUACAAUAUGUAUACUAACGUAGUUUGAAAAUGCCUAGCAGAGGUUGUUGUUACGCAAUUAAAGCUUGUGUAUAAACCGGCGAGUCAAGGCUAAUUUUUUAAAAGUCGAGAAGAUUUGUAAGCAAGGAAAAAUGUCUCAUACCUGCGACGAUCAAAUCAAUGAUGAUUACAUCGGAGAUGAAUCUGAAAAGAACCUGUUAGUGGCUAAUGAUAGUUGCGCAAGAUGCAGGAAGUUGUCAACGUCUAGCAGCAUACUCAGUUACGAAAGCAAACUACGAAAUUGGACGGAGGAUUUAAUGGUCGGAGCCGAUGCCGAAGAAUUUAAUGGCAAUGCGGCUAUUCCUAAUAUUAUGUUCCCUCAGACGAGGUUGUCGCUCAAUUCCUGCGAUAACACUGAAGCUACUUCGCUUGAUCGAUACUCAAAUAUUCCGCUCCAGAAUGGUCAUGUUUACAACGUUCAAGAGCAUUGUCAUACAAAAACCACUCGAAGGAAAGAUUUUAGUCCAUGGCGUCAAUUGGUCGCGGCUUCUUUAAUGUGUCUCAUAUUCAUGCUAGCGGAAAUAAUCGGAGGUCAUUUGGCAGGGAGUAUAGCCAUCAUGACUGAUGCUGCACAUUUAUUGUCAGAUUUUGUAGGUUUUUUAGUCAGUUUAUUUUCCAUUUGGAUCGGACAACGUGCGCCGACCAAAAGAUUGUCAUUCGGAUUCUACCGAGCUGAAAUUUUGGGUGCCGUGCUCAGUGUCUUAAUAAUAUGGAUAUUGACUGGAAUAUUCGUUUACAUUUCCAUACUACGCUUGGUAAACGGCGAUUUCAAUAUCAAAGCGGACACAAUGAUGCUUGUAGCAGGAAUUGGGAUAAUCAUAAAUAUUAUAAUGGGACUCACCCUGCACGGAAUGUGUAUUAAAGUCCCGCAUAGUCACAGUCACGGCGGCCCGCGAUCUAGUCACUCGCAUACUCACAAAGAUGUUCCUGGUAAUAUUAAUGUGCGAGCAGCCGUUAUACAUGUUAUAGGCGACCUAAUUCAAAGUAUUGGAGUUUUCGUCACUGCCGUUAUUAUCAAACAAUACCCAAAUGCGAAAAUAGCUGAUCCUAUUUGUACAUGCAUAUUUGCAUUGAUUGUGCUAUUUACUACUGUGCCUGUGUUGAGAGACAGUUUAAAUGUCUUAAUGGAAGGUUUCCCUCAUCACUUUGAUUACACGGAUGUGUUGAAAACUUUAUCCAGCAUAGAAGGGGUGCAAAAUGCUCAUAAUCUUCAUAUAUGGUCAUUAACGAUGGACAAAUAUGCGCUCGCCGUUCAUCUAGCCAUUAGUAACAACGCGGACUCCGAUAUUGUCUUGAAAAAUGCGCUGAAGUACAUUAAGAGAGAAUUAGACAUUGAAGCUGCCACCGUACAAGUAGAAAGAUACCUUUUCCCCACCAUGGAAAACUGUGUUCAAUGCAGACCGCCAAUAAACUGACAAAUGGUUACACGUUUUUAGUGAAACAUUUGAAACACUCGAUUUAUACAGCUCGAAAAAAAGUUCAGAACAAGGCCAAGUAUCACGUCAAGGCUGAUUAGGGUUUUCGUAAUGAAAACGAAAGAAGAACAUCGACAAAACUCAACAGAGUGUCUUUUCGUCGUUGUUGUUAGUAAUCUUUGGGUAGUAAAAUUCACUGUUAUAUAGACCACUGAUAGUUGAAUAACAAUCAAAACUGUGUUAAAACAGUAUCGGAUAUCCGAGUAUUGCACUGGUGAACGUAUGCAUAAAUGAUACGAACAUAGGGAAUACGUUAGGUAUUACGUGAUAGGAAAUUUCUGCUAUGAUAAUGUUGGAUAU